AUGGAUUCUAAUUACGUUGAAAUGUUUUCCGAGUUCAGUACUGAAUCGAUACGUGUACUUUGUGCAAUUGCAAAUUUUAUGGGCUACUUUAAUUAUUAUUCAGAUCAUGUGCAUUUUGUUGCACUCAUUGUAGGAACGGUUCUCGGAGUUAUACAUUUAACAAUUCUCACGAGAAAAUGUAUGAGAGCACUGAGAAUCAAUGUAUUUUUAACUGGAAUCGCCGCUGCUGAAAUUACCCGGACAAUUUGUAUUAUUAUAAUCUUUGUUCCAUUCUUCAAUUUACGCUAUUUAAGCGAUAAAGUUUCAGAUUGUCACGAUCCCGAAUCUACUGUGGCGGUGUUUUCAUAUAAUGUCUCGGCAUCCUUCACGAGAAUCACAGAAAAAAUAUCAGUUUGGCUUGCUGUUGCUAUAGCUGUUAUUCGAACUCUCGUGAUGAGAUACUUAGUGAAUGGGAGAAUCAAUUGUUGGACUGAUGCUAAAUAUGGCUUAAAAAUCGUUUUAUUAAUAACCCUAUUAAUUCUACCAUUUGGAGCGUCUAACUAUUCCAAGUUAAGCUCCACUUCAGUUAGAGAAUGGACGCCAUUUACCAAUUGUAUAACUUUUUCGGGAAAUUCGACUAAAAUUAAGUUUGAUUUUCACUCCACGGAAUUGUUUGGAAGCACAGACGUUUUCAAGAUUGCUCUUCUUAUUGAAGGAAUUUUCUUAGAAUUCACGCCAUCAAUUAUUUUACCAAUUACCACUAUAAGUUUGAUCAUGGAUUUAAGAAAGGCACGGAAAAACUCACUUUUCACGAAAAGUUCAUUAAGUAGCAGUGAUACUGUACGAUCUAUAAAACUAGUCGCUUUUGUGACAAUCACCUUUUUAUUCACAACUACACCACUUGGCUUUAUGUAUAUUGUUGGGAUUUUUAUAGUCACGAUGCCUGGCUUGAUUAUGCUAGUUACAAAGUUUGCAUGGGUGUUAACGUUUCUGACAACCAUCAGCGGCAUCGUACACAUUUUGAUAUGCUAUUUAAUGUCAAUGCAAUAUCGGAGUACUGCACACAAAAUGUUUGGGAAAAAUCGGAAGAUUUUUAUAUCAACAUCAUUUGUACAUCCAAUUUGA